AUGGGCACAAAGAAUGAAACUCUCCCCAAGGAUUUUCUCCUUCUGGGCUUUCCUGGGUCCCUGGUCCUCCAGCUCUUUCUUUUCAUGCUUUUUCUGGUGAUGUACAUCCUCACAGUUAGUGGUAACAUGGCUAUCUUGGUGUUGGUGAGUACCUCCCGCCAGCUACAAACACCCAUGUAUUUCUUUCUGAGCAACUUCUCUUUCCUGGAGAUUUGCUACACCACAGCUGCAGUCCCCAAAACCCUGGCCAUUCUACUUGGGGGAAGCCAAAUCAUAUCAUUUACCAGCUGCCUUUUGCAAAUGUACUUUGUUUUCUCACUGGGCUGCACAGAGUACUUUCUCCUGGCAGCCAUGGCUUAUGACCGCUAUCUGGCCAUUUGCUAUCCUCUCCACUAUGGAGUAAUCAUGAGCAGCCUGCUCUCAGCACAGCUGGCCAUGGGCUCCUGGCUCUGUGGUUUCCUGGCCAUUGCAGUUCCCACAGCCCUCAUCAGCAACCUGACCUUCUGUGGCCCCCACACCAUCAACCACUUCUUCUGUGACAUUGCACCUUGGAUUGCCCUGGCCUGCACCAGCACAAGGACAGUGGAACUCACGGCCUUUGUGAUUGCUUUUGUGGUCAUCCUCAGUUCAUGUCUCAUCACCCUGGUCUCCUACAUCUACAUCAUCAUCACUAUCCUCAGGAUCCCCUCAGCCAGUGGUAGGAGCAAAGCCUUCUCCACAUGCUCUUCACAUCUCACUGUAGUGCUCAUCUGGUAUGGGUCUACGAUCUUCCUUCAUGUUCGCACUUCCAUCAAAGAGGCCUUGGAUCUGACCAAAGCUGUUCAUGUCCUGAAUACUGUGUUGACUCCAGUUCUAAACCCUUUCAUCUACACUCUCCGAAACAAGGAAGUAAGAGAAACUCUGCUGAAGAAGUGGAAGGGAAAAUAA